AUGGACACCGAAUCAGGUGGGUCUUCUCCAUUUCCUCCUCUGGUGAACACCGAAUCAGGUGGGUCUUCUCCAUUUUCUCCUGUAGAGAAUCAGAUGGGUCUUCUCCAUUUCCUCCUGUGCUUCGCCAGAUUUCCUCCUGUAGGUUACAUAGAGGGCAUGUGGGUUGAUCUCCCGUUGUCUUUAGAGCUGGACACCGAAUCAGGUGGGUCAUCACCAUUUCCUCCGCUAGACACCGAAUCAGGUUACAUAGGGGGCAUGUGGGUUGAGUGUAUACUCCCACGUUACAUGGAGGGCAUGUGGGUUGAGUGUAUAAUCCCAAUUUGUGAGGCCAGUGUAUACUCCCAAUCUUUGAAGGUGUUUUGCCAGGCAAUCCGUCCGUAA